AGGUUUAGUUUACGUUUUACCUUUCAGCUUUUGGCUGGUCAGCGUUGCCACUAACACGUGUGGGAAAGUUGUGUUUUUUAAUUGAUUAUGUUGUAUUUAUCACAGUAGUUUAUAAAUUAUUUAAAACUUGAGAUAUUAUAUAGAAUUGUCUACAACAUGCCAGUAACCAAAGCGUCUACUCUUGUAAAUGGCAGUAAUCAAUCCCCAGAUGUUUGUGAAGGGGAAACCCAACCUAAGACUGCAAAACAGUUGGAGAAAGAAGCAAAGAAGUUAGCUAAACUUGAAAAAUUUAAACAGAAGCAAGAUAAAACAACGGUAGAUUCAUCCAAGGCAAAAGAUAAAACGGAGAAGAAAGAGAGGAAGAAGGAGGUUAAAGAGGCAGCGACGUACGACCUGCCGACGCCGGCGGGAGAGAAGAAGGACACCGGGUGUCCCAUGCCGGAUGCCUACAGCCCCCAGUACGUGGAGGCCGCGUGGUACAGCUGGUGGGAGAAGCAAGGAUACUUCACACCGGAGUAUGGAAGAAAGAGUAUCUCGGAGCCGAAUCCCAAAGGAAAGUUUGUGAUGGUGAUCCCUCCGCCCAACGUCACCGGAUCUCUGCAUCUCGGCCACGCGCUGACCAAUGCCAUCGAGGACGCGAUCACGCGGUGGCACCGCAUGAAGGGCGAGACGGUGCUGUGGAACCCGGGGUGCGACCACGCGGGCAUCGCCACGCAGGUCGUCGUCGAGAAGAAGCUGUGGCGGGAGGAGGGGAAGUCCCGCCACGACCUUGGCCGGGAGCAGUUCCUCGCCAAGAUCUGGGAGUGGAAGAAGAAGAACGGGGACAGGAUCUACACGCAGCUGCGGAGGCUGGGCUCGUCCAUGGACUGGAGCCGAGCCUGCUUCACCAUGGACCCGAAGCUGUGCCGCGCGGUCACCGAAGCGUUCGUAAGGCUCCACGAGGAGGGCACCAUCUACCGGAGCAACAGGCUCGUCAACUGGUCGUGCACGCUCAAGUCUGCGAUAUCGGACAUCGAGGUGGACAAGGUGGAGCUGAGCGGACGCACGCUGCUGUCGGUGCCCGGCUACGAGCGGAAGGUGGAGUUCGGCGCGAUGGUGCUGUUCGCGUACCGCGUCGAGGGGGAGGGGGAGGAGGGGGAGGAGGAGGUGGUGGUGGCGACCACGCGCGUCGAGACCAUGCUCGGGGACACGGCCGUGGCCGUCCACCCGCUGGAUCCGCGCUACGCCCGCCUGCACGGCAGGUUCGUGUUGCACCCGUUCUGCCACCGCCGGCUGCCCGUCGUCGCGGACGACUUCGUCGAGAGGGACUUCGGCACGGGUGCAGUGAAAAUCACACCAGCUCACGAUCCGAAUGAUUAUGAAGUUGGGAAGCGGCACAAUUUGCCAUUCUUAACAAUUUUCAGCGAUGAAGGGAUAAUAGUUGGUGAUUGCGGACCAUUUGUUGGUAUGAAGAGGUUCGAUGCAAGAAGAGCAGUAAUCGAGGCUCUGAAGGAAAAGGGUCUCUUCCGUGAAAUCAAAGACAACCCCAUGGUUGUGCCCAUUUGCAGCAGAUCCAAGGAUGUAGUGGAACCGCUCAUUAAACCUCAGUGGUAUGUCAAAUGCAGUGAGAUGGCUAAAAAUGCAACGGAAGCUGUGCAAUCAGGGGAACUGAAAAUUAUUCCUGAACACUUCUCUAAAACGUGGUACCAUUGGAUGGAGAACAUACGGGACUGGUGUAUUUCGAGGCAACUCUGGUGGGGUCACAGGAUCCCAGCUUAUUUUGUGACCGUUGAUGAUCCUCGGAUACCUCCAGGCAAUGAGUGUGACAACGAGUACUGGGUGAGCGGCCGAACGGAAGAGGAAGCACUGGAGAAAGCAGUGAGGAAGUUCAACGUACCUGCGUCCAAGAUCACUCUUACGCAAGAUGCAGACGUACUCGACACGUGGUUCUCCUCCGGACUUUUCCCGUUCUCCAUUUUCGGGUGGCCAGAAGAGACGGAGGAGCUGAGGAGCUUCUACCCGGGCAGCCUGCUGGAGACGGGCCACGACAUCCUGUUCUUCUGGGUGGCUCGCAUGGUCUUCCUGGGGCAGAAGAUGCUCGGGAGGCUGCCCUUCAAGGAGGUGUACCUUCACCCCAUCGUCCGGGACGCCCACGGCCGCAAGAUGAGCAAGUCGCUCGGUAACGUGAUCGACCCCAUGGACGUCAUCACGGGCAUUUCGCUGGAGGACCUACAUGAACAGUUACUUGAAAGUAAUUUAGACCCAAAAGAAAUUGCAAAAGCGAAAGAUGGCCAAAAGCAAGAUUUCCCAAACGGAAUACCAGAAUGUGGAACCGAUGCGUUAAGAUUCGCACUGUGUGCUUACAUAAUGCAAGGCCGUGACAUAAACUUGGACAUACUGCGCGUCCAGGGCUACAGGUUCUUCUGCAACAAGCUGUGGAACGCCACCAAGUUUGCCCUCGCGUACCUGGGAAGCGACUUCGUGCCGUCGGACGGUGAAGUAAGUUGCGCGGCGGCGCGGCGCGGCGACACGGACGGUGACGGUGCGGGUGGUGGUGGUGGUAGUGACGGUGGCGGUGAGGUGGAGACGGAUGUGAGGUCCAUCGUCGGCAUCUGCCGCACGGGGCGGGCGGGUGUGACGGACGCUAUCUGCCGCGGUCUGGACGGCUACCUCGCGGAUCGUAGCUACCUCGGAGGUUACGUUCCCACGCAAGCCGACAGUGCUGUGUACGCGGCCGUGAACAGAACUGUGUCCCCCUUGCGACUGCCUCAUCUCAGCAGGUGGCAGAGGCACCUUAGAAGUUUGGUCGAGGGUAAAGUGUCCUUUCCCCCUUGCCCCUGGCUGAACGACGUAACUCCUGUUGCGAGAAAGGUGCGUGGCAAGGAGUCCCCCAUGGACGUGUGGAUGCUGAGCCGGUUGGCCGCGGCGGUGGAGCAGUGCGACAGGGGCUUCAAGGCGUACGAGUUCCCGACUGCGACGACGGCGUGCUACAACGUGUGGCUGUACGAGCUGUGCGACGUGUACUUGGAGUGCCUGAAGCCCGUGCUCCAGGGCGGGGACGAGGCGAGCGUCGCCGCCGCGAAGCAGACACUCCACACGUGCCUGGACGUCGGGCUGCGCCUGCUCUCGCCCUUCAUGCCGUUCAUCACGGAGGAGCUGUACCAGCGGCUGCCCGGCAGCUCCGCCGCCACCCCGAGCAUCUGCGUGGCACCGUACCCUCAGGUCGAGGAGUGCCCUUGGAGAAAUUUGGUUGUGGAGUCUGAAGUGGAGUUCAUCCUCAAGAUUGUUCACAUGUUGAGAUCUGUUCGUAGCGACUACAAUCUGCUCAACAAAACCCGAACCGAAGCGUACGCCGUGUGCUCGGACGAAGGCACCACGGAGCUCGUGAGCAGGUACUCGUCCGUCGUGGUGACGCUGGCGUGCUGCAGCAAGCUGGACGCCAGGUCCGCGCCGCCGCCGGGUUGCAUCAUCGUUACCGUCUCCGACAAGUGCGAGGUCCACCUCCUGCUCAAGGGCUUGGUGGACCCCGAGAAGGAGCUGGCGAAGGCGGGCAAGAAGCAGGAGCAGCUGCGGCAGCAGGUGUCGAAGCUGAGGGCGGCGGCGGCGGCCCCGGACUACGCGACCAAGGUCCCGGCCGAGGUCCGGGACGCCAACGCCGAGAAGCUGGCCUCGUCGGAGGGAGAGCUGGUCCGCCUGGAGGCGGCCGUCUUGGCGCUCAGGGACAUGCAGCUGGCCUGAGGCGCCCGUCUGACCUGUCGGACGCAAGCAAUAAGUUAUUUCGAAAAUGCAAGUUCCUUAUCACUAUCUCUAUUAAGGCGAAAGAUGCACACGUCUGUUCUUUCAAGCUACGGAUGAUUUGUGUUGAGGACUGAGCUAAUUGCUGAUGACUCAUCUUCCCUUUUUUCUCAGCCAAUUAGUGCUUCAAAAAUAAGAUAUAUAUUUAUAAUAUAUCAGGGGAUAGCCGGGUGGUUGAAUCUUCAAACUCUGUUAAACCAUCUGCAAUUUGGUAUUUGAAAUAUUUGAUUUUCGAGAGAAAAAAUUCGAUGAAAGAUAUUUUAAUUCUAUUUUUUGCUUUUCUUUGUUCCUAUCCUAUUACCAUUUUCCAAGAUAGGUACCUAAAGUACUUUCAGUAUGCAAUUAUGUAAUUUAAAUUAUGAUAGUUAUUGAUUUGGGAAACUUAUAUUCUUAAACAUAUGUUUAAAAGUUUUGAUGUUUUAACACUUAAGUUAAUUUUUUUUUAAUUUUUUCAUUCCUCUACAUUAUUUUAUUUUUGGUCAUGAGACCUAUAUUAUUUAUAUUUGAGAGGAAUAUUCAAGAACAUUGGGAUUUGAACGAUCAUUAUUUUUAUUUAUUUUUUCUUAAUGGGCUCUGCUCUUUGAAUUGCCUUAUGUUUAUUUGUUUAUUUUAUCGCAACAUUUUCUACACACAUGAUGUAAAUUAUAAAUAAAUGAAAGGAUAUCAGAUAAAUAUUCUCACACAGCAUUUUCAUAGAACCUUUUAACUAGCAGCAUAAUUAUUUCGUUAUUUAAAUGGUUUCUAAACUUUAUUUUUUUCAAAGAAACAUAUUUGAUUAUUACUGUACUGUACACAGCAUCGCUUAGGCACUUCUCAUAUUACAUGUAAAAAAAAUUAUGCUCAUUUAUCAGUAUGAUACAUGACAGAGACAGACACAUCAACAUAUGAUUCUUGAGAAAAUAAAGCCACUCUUUUUUAGAGUUUUUUAACAUCUUAUGUUUCAAUAUCUGCCCUAAUAUUAUGUAUUUGUGGCAUAAUUUGUCAUGAAUGUAAUAGGUAUUAAUUUUGUCUCAAACAUUAUGGUUUCGGAAAGAUUUACAUAAUCAGUGUCCAGAUACAAUUGUAAAAUAUUGUAAUUUACCCAUGAUGAAUUUGAAGUUAAACUUGUCAAGCUUUGCUAAUACAUAGAAAUGUAUAAUUUAUUGUUUUUCAUAAAAGUAUUACUGCCAAGGUCAGAUUUCAACAUCAUUGUAAACAGCCGUACAUGGCAACAUUACUGGAAAGAUAAACAAGGUCAUAAAAAGUUUAUGUCUGGAUUAAGGUUAGUGUGCUGUUACAUGACUAUCCCGUGCACAGAAAGUGUAUUGUUUUUAUUAUAAACUAGCUGUACCCUGCCACGCUUUUCUGUGGCUUCUUAGCUGAAUGUAAAAGAACAUAAUCCGUUUAGUAAACUCCGUUGAAAUCCAUGAAAACAAAACAAUCAAGAGAAAACGCUUGUCUUUUGUUUUUAUUAGCGGGAUAAAUGUUCAUAAAAGUAAAACAGCAAUAAAAAAAUGAAGGAACGUUAGAAUUCAAAAAAUAAAUAGCCAUAAACCAUCUAGGAAAAAUUUCGCAUCGAAUAGUGGUAGUUUCAUGUCGAUACGAUCAGUGGUUUAGGCGUGAUUGAGCCUCAAACGAAGACCAUUUUCAUUUUAUAUAUAUACUAGCUGUACCCUGCCACGCUUCGCUGUGGCUUCUUAGCUGAAUGUAAAAGAACAUAAUCCGUUUAGUAAACUCAGUUGAAAUCCAUGAAAACAAAAGAAUCAAGAGAAAACGCUUGUCUUUUGUUUUUAUUAGCGGGAUAAAUAUUCAUAAAAGUAAAACAGCAAUAAAAAAAUGAAGGAACGUUAGAAUUCAAAAAAUAAAUAGCCAUAAACCAUCUAGGAAAAAUUUCGCAUCGAAUGGUGGUAGUUUCAUGUCGAUACGAUCAGUGGUUUAGGCGUGAUUGAGCCUCAAACGAAGACGAUUUUCAUUAUAUAUAUAUAGAUAUAUAUAGAUUACAUUUUUAAAUUAUUUAUUAUUAUUUUACAUUUUCAUGUCUAUGCUACAUUGUUGUCUAUUGGACGUAUCUUAAAGUGCUACAAUCUAUGGCAUAGCCCAAGUGACUUUGAGGCCUCAAUUAGCAAGACCCCUCUAGGGAACAAAUGACUUUCAUGGCAAAUUGAACUUUUUGUACGUAAUUUGCACAAAAGAACUUUCAUUGUUGAAAAUUCACGUUUUAAAUUUGAGACAUUUUAGUGUUUUCAGAUGUGUUGUUGAAUGUCUGUAUUUUGUUUUGAUGGGUUAAUUAAGUCAACGAUCUUUGUGUCUCGGCCAAUGAGAGGCCAUGUUGCUUAAGUUAAGCGUCGUUAAUUAAGUUAAGAAAAACGUUUUUGGAAUGACUACUGCGUUGGCUAGACAGCCUGGGUUUCAAUCCCCUUAAAAAUCUGAUAAUUCUACGAGCUAAACAGAUCAUCCAGUUGUAGGGAUGUUUUUAAUCGCCGUAUAAACAUAAUUAUAUGUAAUUUAUAUAGGGCACAUCCUAUAUGAUGUGUAAUUAGGUGUGAAAUUAACGUGAGUAAAGUUGACUCGUAAUGCUAUUUUGAACGGACCGUAUUUCUGCAUAAACGUAUUUGAUUCUGCCAACACUUAUAUAAAUUUUGAUUUUUGUGUCGAAAGAUAAACAAUUUUUAAGCCAAUUACUAUUCUGAUUUACAUGUUCUUAGUUCUAACCCAGAGGUGAAAUGAGACGGAGUUCUCAUGAAAUUCUACCAUACCUACACACUGGAUUCAGCCGAGGUACACUAAUUUAACUAAAGUGACAACGAUAAUAAACUAUAUUUUAACACAUUAACUUUGAUCUAGAGUGAGAGCAACAGACACAAUAAUUUGGAUUUAUGAACUUUUGUUGUAUUUUAUCAUGUGUGCAACAUAUCUCCUGUUUAUUUAAAAACAUAAGAGUAUACCACUGGUUAAACCAAUAAUUAUCUAUAUAAUUGUCUGAUUAAAGAUUAUUUGUUUGAUUUUAUUUUAUUCUAUUAUUACUUCACAGUGUAUGUGUUUUUGUUUAAUAACCCUAAACUACAUGUUCUCACUCUCAUACCAAUCCUAGAUCUGAAGUGUUAUAUUAUUUUAUUUUUUUCUCUUAUGUAUUACAUUACACUUAUCCUAUCCUGAUAAUGAGGUUAAGUUAUACAUAAGAGUGGCACCCAGAAACAAUUCAAAAUAAUCAGAGUCUACACUCGGCAGAGUGGCCAUAUUAAAGAAUAAAUACUCAGAGUGUUCACCAACGUGGCUUAUUAUUAUUUAUACUAUAAUAAAACAGUAGUUUUUUUCUGUCUGUCUGUCUGUUUGUACGCAGUGUUCUACAAAACUACUAUACGAAUUUUAAUGGGGUUUUCAAGUUAACUUGAGCGUAGCAGAGAAAGAAAUAUAAGCUUUAUUUCAUUAAAAUCGGCUCAAGGAAAGAAAAGAAAUCUUAAUUUUAUGACAUACAAUAUAGGUAAUCAUUAUAAGAAGCCAUUAAGUUUUGCUAUUGUAAGGAACUAAGUAGAGAGUAAGAAAAAAUAAAGAUCCAGACAGUUUGUAGUGUCGCCAUAUUUGUUUCAAUUUUCAAUACCCUUUUUUAGAGGUGGGACGAUACCACACUUUCGAUACUUGAUUCUGUAUUGUUUUUUCAGUUCGAUACUUCGAUACUUUCUAUACUCCAGGGAAAAAAUAUUUUCCCAUUAAGUAACAUUUAUUACAAAUAACAUAAAUUAGUUUUAAACUAUAUAAAUUCCCUCUUUAUUACAAAAAUACAAAUGAGAACUUUGAGAAGCAAAUAAGAAAUGUAGUAGUAAUUUAAUGAAACUACUUUAAAUUUAUAGUAGAUUUAACAGCCAAGCACUAGUUGUAACACACUCUCUUCAGUAUAGUCGGUGCUAAUAAAAUAACGGAGAAGUAAUAUAACAGGACAAUGGUGCCGUUACAGUUCAGGACACAAAAGCAAACAAUGUUUAUUUUUUGAAUAAUUGAUAAAAUAGCACCGUAACGUAAGACAACAAUAUGAUAGUGUUACGAUUUGAAAGGCACGUUAAUUCCGAGGUUAAACUCACGAUAUCGUUCACACAACAAUCCGGAUAUUUGUCUGAAAAUGUUUUAAAAACAUUCAACACAAUAGUUUUCUGUGCACAUUUCAAAGGCUUUCCCGUUCUGUGUUUUACAAAACUCGGUCCGGCGUCAGCCAUAACAAACCGUGCGCGCGCGAAUCCGAAAUACAACUGUUGCGCCGGGCAUCAACUGUACACUGUACACAUGGCGUCUGCUAACAUAAUUGUAAGUAAAUACUUGCUGACACAUUAAACUGUAUUUGAUAUCAAUGGUGAAAUGCUAUAAUGCUAUAUAACAACAAUUGUUAUAAAAAAAGGCAGUGUAAAAAUACUUACAAAUGGUAAGUAACCAAGGGACUAUUUCUUGCACACGAAUAAUGUGCGCGGUGGCCGGCAGCCAAUAAAAAUGUUCAUUUACAAGAGGCUUUGUUUAUUCCAAAACUCAGGUAAGAGUGAACGAAGAAUAGGCGCGUUAUUGUUAUUAUUGCGACGGAUUGCAGGUGGAGUCAGUUAAUGUGAAUUUUAAGUGCUCGAUAUUUCUACUAAUUUUUUUUUUUUCAAAUUUCCUGUGAAUUCAAUGUCAGAAGUGUUACGUACGAAAAACGUAACUUAUUGAACACGAAACAAAAACAACUUUACCUUACUUUACCGUUUGUUUACUAUUGGAAAGUUGCAGUUACAACUUAUAUAAUUAUAAUUUAUUCUGAUGUAAGCCUAUUGGUUAUCAUACUUACGGCUAAUAAGCUGUUCUAGUAGUUGUAUUUUGUACGAUGGCGACUCAAUACUCAAUUCAAUACAAAUGAACAAGCAUUCCGGUAUCGAAAGAAUGUAUCGAAUUUACAGUUUCGAUACUCAAUACUUUGCGAUACCGUCAGGUAUCGAGGUAUCGAAGUAUCGAAAAUCCCAUCACUACCCUUUUUGUAUAUUACAAUUUAAAUUGCAGAAAAAAAUCAUGUUUCAUAGACACAUAAAUAGUGAGUGUGUGUGUCAUUUCUCUAUGUUCACGAGGUCUCGCCGCGUCAAUUUUCUCCUUGGGGCGAAUCCGUCCGCUUAAUUAAAUUAAAUAAACAGCUUUUAUCGUUGAAUGAUUUAUUUCAUAAAAAACUGCUCUCAUAAAGACACUAAUGAAUCACCAUGUUCGAUAACAAGAAAUUGUGAUAUGGCAAAAGUGUUACAAGACUGCUCUCUAAUCGUUUGGGAUGAAUGCACAAUGGCGAAUAAAAAAGCAGUUGAAGCUGUGGACAUGACACAGGUGCCCUCCCUGAGCAACACGGUCAGGUGACGCUUCCAGAAAUACUUGGCAGAGUCGUAUCUUCGGAAGACGAACUCAUACGUUCGGUAUUCGGGGAUCUGUCAAACAUACAUCAUCAGGAACAUACGUGGUUAUGUGAACGUGCCAUACUCACUCCAAGAAAUGACCAAGCUGCUGCAAUCAAUGAAAAAAUUUUAAACGAAUUGAAUGGGGCUGAAGUGGUUUACACAUCGUUUAACAGCGUCCUUAAUCAGGACGACGCCACUAAUUAUCCAGUUGAGUUUUUGAGCUCUCUCACUGCAAGUGGUCUUCCUGUUCACAAAAUUGUUCUCAAAGUCGGUGUUCCAAUAAUGCCUCUGAGGAACCUUACUCCCCCAAAAUUGUGCAAUGGAACCCGACUUAAAGUAACUGCUCUACAACGAAAUAUAAUCGAAGCUGAGAUUCUCACUGGAUGUGGCUCAGGUGAAACUGUUUUCAUACCACGCAUACCAAUCAUUCCGAAUAACUUCCCGUUCGGGUUCAAGCGCACACAGUUUCCAAUAGCAGUUUGUUUCGCGAUGACAAUAAAUAAGUCUCAGGGUCAGAGCCUUAAGGCAGCUGGUGUCGACUUAAGGUCUGAUUGUUUUUUCCACGGCCAGAUGUAUGUGGCUUGCUCGUGGGUCAGUAAUGCAGACAAUCUUUACAUUCUAGCUCUAGACGGGAAAACAGUAAAUGUGGUUUACAAAGAAAUUUUAUGAAGUGUCUUCCCGACAUUACAUUUGAAAGUAGAAACAUAUUUACCCAAAAUUUAGGUAGUAACAUAUUUUUAUUGCAAAGACUGAAAUAGAGGUGAGAAAAAUUAUCACAUGUGAACAUAAGAAAACUACUACAACUGUACCAACUGUUAUGUUAUAAUGUUUAAAUUUCUAAAUGGUGCAAGAUAAUACAAAAUUCCAUGCGGAAAAAGUCGUGGGCAGCAGCUACGUAUAGUUAUAGGUAUAGGGCUAUGCAUGCUGAUUUUUCAUAUACUGCAUGGAUGCGAACAUGUAAGAAUAAUCUAUCUAUCUUACUAGAGUAAAACAGUAGUUAUUUUUCUGUCUGUCUGUUAGUACGCGGUGUUCUACAAAACUACUAUACUAAUUUUAAUGGGGUCUUGCGUAUAACAGUCAUUACUUAAUUAUUUGCCUUCAAUGCAGUUAUUUUAUUUCACGUCCAGUGAAGCGGGCGGGUUCGGCUAGUCUACAGUAAAACCAUUUAUACAUUCUAGUAAGAGUAAUAUUAAGAGUAGUAGUAACUAUUCAGAGAACUAUUAUUGCACUCACACACACUACCUUAUCAUUAGUGUAUUGUGUUUUUGGGUUCCUAAACCAUAUUUUAUGACUUAUUGUUGUUAAAACACCAAACUAUUGAUUUUUCUAAUCAUUAAGUAUUGUGGAAUGAUAUCCAGGUUGAUGGUUUAUGUUACGUUCUCUAAUUUAGUUGGUGCCCAUUGACAGAACGUUACGUCAGUUCUUUGGUUACCUUGUCAAAUUGUUUUUCUGAAUGUCAUUGAAAAAGUUAUCAGUACGUAUUACAUUUUUAUACUAUUGUAAUUUUAACUGUAAACUUUUAGCCAAUUUUCUGUGUGCAAAAGCUUGAACAUUUUGUCCAAAUCAAGGGAGUGAAGGAUUUAAAAAUCCCUGAGAUAGAUCAAUGACUGAAAUUUUCCUAGUUCUGUUUGAACAAGUAUCACGGGUAUACGAGCUUGUAACUGUAAAAUACAUAAUAAUUCUAAAUACUGAUCAUUAAUCCUAUCCAUUGCAGCAGAUGUAAUUAGAAUGUAUGCAAAUGUAGGCAUCUUCAUGUUUAAACUAUUUUUUUUAUACUGGACCAAUACUUGUUCAAAACUUGAUAUCAUCAGUUGCUUUCUCCAAAAUGUUUGGUAUCUUUAAUUCUGUAGUAAAUAAAUUUUAAAAAAUUGUAUAUUUAUAUUUCUAGCAUAUCACUCCCAUUAUUUCAAUAAACAUUGUGCAAAUUAA